AGUAGUUUCUUUAUCUGAACAGCAGCCUACUUACCUUUGCAAGCACAAUAGUAUGUGACAAUGUAGACUAGCUGGUGAAAUGUUGUAUUAUCAUUCCAAAGGCCAAUUUUGAUAGAAUAAGCUGUCACUUAAAUUUGAUAAUGAAAAGGGAAGGAGGAGUUAUAAUCAGUGUUUAUGUUGAAUCUUUAUCAAGUAAAGAUUCAAAACAUAGAUCUAAUCCCUCGAAAAGAAAUCAUCCAAAGCCAUUUUUAACAAGGCCUAGCACGGUAAGAAAGCGAGGUUACGAUCGUCGAGCACAACUCCUGAAUUAUGCUCAAGAAUUAAGACAUGGCAAUUAUCAACAACUCUCGUGGAAGUCUAACAAUUCAUCAAACCAAAAAUACAAGAAAUGGAGAUGGACAAGAAGGAUUAGAUUGUCAUUUUCCCGUUUGUUCCGCCCAAAAGAUAAGGAAUGGAGGUAUGAGCACAUUGGAACACAUGGAGAAGAAUCAUGCUGUCAAAGAAGGUUAAAUUGGAGAAAGCUUAGAGGAGCAAAAACAAAGACAACUCAUUUUUGUAAUAGACUGAAGUGCUUGUUCAAGGAAAUUUUAGGUUCCUGGUAAUUCAGUAAGCAAUCAAGACGAUCAAGUUAUUAAAGGGAUAAGCAUUGAAACUUCCUUUGAUUGUUUUCUUUAACUGGAUAUUUUACGUUUCUUAUAGUAGUAAUUUUUUUAAUUUUCCUGUUGUAUUCUCUCAUUCAGUUAAACUGUGGUUGUGCAUGAAUUUCAAAUUAUAGUUCGUUGGUAAAGACAACCAAGUACUAAGAUUCAUGAACUUAAAAAUGGAGUUAAAAAUAGAAGAUAGCUACUCCUAUAUGUUUGUCAUC